GUCUCUUUUUGUGUCCAGCGUCAUCAUGACGGGAGCCUACAACAACUUUUUCCGAAUGUUCGACCGCAACACCAAACGCGACGUGACCCUGGAGGCCUCGAGGGAGAGCAGCAAACCCCGGGCCGUCCUGAAGCCGCGGCGGGUCUGCGCCGCCGGGGGCAAGCGGCGGAAGGACGACAUCAGRGUGGACAGCCUGGACUUCACCAAGAAGAUCCUGCACACGGCCUGGCACCCCACGGAGAACAUCAUCGCCAUCGCCGCCACCAACAACCUGUACAUCUUCCAGGACAAACUCAGCUCCGAGAUGCAUUAACGAACCGGAUGUCAGKGGUGGAUUCAAACGAGUUUACAAGCAAAACACACCCAACUAUGCUAGAAUGUACAAUAUGAGACUCACACACACUCGCCCAACACAUACACACACUCACACACACUACACCUCCUCCUCAACCUCUCACAACUGAAAGGAGUCCAGCUAGGGAUAAAAAUAAGGAACUGGCUGGAUUACACAAUGGAUUAUGGAUUGGAAAGUUGCCUGAAKUGUGGAUUUGUUUUUGUUAGCCAGUGGAUUGUGCUCGAUGGUGUUUUCAUUUCUUCAGCUCAGCGUCUGAGGGCGAUCAGAUCCCCACAGACCGGAAAGACGUUUACACGUUUUUGUCUUUUUUUUUUAAAUUAUCAUUUCUAACUCUUCAAUCUCUUUUGCUUUCUCCACCUCCUCCUUUCUYCUUGUGUGCUCAAGCAGAACCUAUUCUAAUCCCUUUGCCCACUGUUUUGUGUAAAAAGAAAAAACAAACAAAAAAAAUCUGUGGUUGUCUACCAGCAGAACUGAUGAGAAACGGGGCAUUUAUAUAACAGUUUUUUCAAUUCCUAAAAGCUUUUUUUCACUCGAUUUAGUUUUUAUAGCUUCUUUUUACAGGACGUUGAUGAUGGUUGCUACAAUCCCAACAUGAAGCGACUCGUGUAGUGAAGCAGGAAGAACUUAGGACCCUCACCUCAACCCACCAGAUGCCUCCCUGAUUCAGGAAAAAACACCCGACAGAAAGAAGCAGCAGACGUUCACAGAUUAUUACAACACGAGGAGACACAUUCACAAACACUGACUCUUUUCUUUUUUUUUUUUUCUCUCUCUCUGCUGAAACAGGUCCAAAUGUUUCUGUUUGUUGUUUCUGCUUCUGGUCCAGGGCUGUGUUGUGUGCUGCUUCAACACGUUGAUACAUUUAACUCAGAUAAAGCAAAAAUGUUAAUAAUAAUAAUAAUAAUAAUAAUAAAAAAAGUUAAAUACUUUCAGCAAUGAAGCAAAAAAGCUGCUGCAUGUCAAACGGAUUUAUUCUAAGUAUUUAAAGAAUUGACUGACUUGGCUGCCUUUUUUUUUUAAAAUCAUUUAGCUUUAGAAAAGGCCUCAGGGGCCUCCGUGCAGCACGAACAACCGUAGAUGACUGAGCCCCUCUGUGUUUGUGUCGUCAGACACUGAAGCAUGUUUACCAGUGAUCGGUUUGUACACGUCCGUUUUGAAUGAAGCUGUCAACAAAUCGGUUUCUACUCACUGAAACAAACAAAACAAGGAAUGUUUCAGAUAAACGUUAUACUGUCAAAGUAAAAAAAAAAUCAAGGGGCCUCAGUGGUGUCUGUAUAUAUCAGAUCCUUUCCUGACUUGAAUGAGGUUUUGUAUCGUCUGUCAACCAUCUGUGGACCCGAUCGUCUGUACUGAUGAUUGCUUCCAAAGCUACAGCAGUGAUGGUACUUUCAACUCUUUGGCCUUCUUCACCGACGACUUUACAGUUGCGCAGAAGCUUUUAUUUUUAAAAAAAAAGACGGGACUCUUAACGGGUUCUUUUAUUUGGAACGUCUGUCAGUCGUACUCUGUCCUGAUCGAAUAACGUUGAUCCACAUAUUUUUGURUAAAUAUAUGUUGACAUGAUUGUCAGACAGUUAGAUAUAAUGUUAAUAUGCUUUUUUUCUGAAUAAAGGAUUCGACAAAAUUGCAUCCAA